AUGAGUUUCGAUAUCCCGCGCAAGCUCUGGGAGCAUCCCGCUCCGGAGACGACGGCCAUGUUCAAGUUCAAAACCAAUCUCGAGCGCCAAACGGGUCUUCACUUCAAGGACUUCGAGGCUCUACACGCCUACUCCAUCGCCAACCGCUCCGACUUUUGGCGCUUCACCUUUACGCAGUUCCCCAUCGUGUGGCACGGCCACCUCCCCGCCCACGUCGUCGACGAGUCCGCCAGCGUCGAGACCAACCCCAAGUGGUUCCCCGGCGUGAAGCUCAACUACGCCCAAAAUGUCCUCUUUUCCGGCGACGAGGCCGGCCGCCCCACCAAGCGCCACAAGGAGGACGACCGCGUCGCCCUGACCGAGGUGCGCGAGGGCGGCAGCCUGGAACCCCAGCGCCGCGUGACCAACUCGAUCGACACGCUCGUCGUGUUCCUCGCCACGGCCUCGCUCGGCGCGCUCUUCAGCUCCAGCAGCGCCGACAUGGGCAUCAAGGGCAUCCUCGACCGCCUGCUCCAGAUCCGCCCCACUUACGUCUUCUUCGACGACUGGGCCGUCUACAACGGCAAGACCAUUGACCUCCGGCCCAAGAUCAAGGAGACCAUUGCCGGCCUGCGCGCCGUGCCCGAAUUCCGCAGCGUCAUCGCCCAGGCUCGCUUCCCCGGCCGGCCCAACGACGUCUCCUCCUCGCCGGGUGCGAAACCUCACCUUUACCGAAUGCGCCUUUUCCGACCCAGCCCUCAUCGUCUUCUCGUCCGGCACGACCGGUCCCCCAAGUGCAUCGUACACGCGGUCGGCGGCCUCGUCAUGAACGCGCACAAAGAAGGCCGCCUGCACCACUGCGUCGACGAGACGAGCGUGAAGCUGCAGUACACCACCACCGGCUGGAUCAUGUACAUGCAGGUACCCUCCGCCCUCAUCCUCGGCGCCCACCCCGUCCUCUACGACGGCAGCCCCUUCGUCCCCGACGCGCGCGUGCUCCUGCGCCUCGUGCACGACCUGCGCGUCACCCACCUCGGCAUCUCCCCGCGCUACCUCGAGGAGCUGCGCCGCGAGAAGAUCGCCCCGCGCGACGACUACGACCUGAGCGCCCUCGCCGUCGUCGUCAGCACCGGCAUGGUCCUCCCCGAAGCCCUCUUCCACUGGUUUUAUGAUCACAUGUCCCUGGGCAUGGACGUUCAGGUCUUCAGCCCCGAGGGCGCCCGCAUGCCCGACGGCGAGCCCGGCGAGCUCGUCUGCGUCCAAGCCUUCCCCACCAUGCCCGUGAGCUUCUUCGGCGAGGGCGCCGCCGCCAAGUACCGCUCCAGCUACUUUGAGCGCUUCCCCGGCAUCUGGACCCACGGCGACUUCAUCCAGGUCCACCCCGUCACCCGCCAGGUCAACUUCCUCGGCCGCAGCGACGGCGUCCUCAACCCCAGCGGCGUGCGCUUCGGGUCCGCCGAGAUCUACAACGUCGUCAACGCCCACUUCGCCGACCGCGUCGCCGACAGCGUGUGCGUGGGCCAGAGGAGGCCCCAGGACAGCGACGAGAGGGUCCUGCUCUUCCUGCUCAUGAAGGAGGGCCACCGGUUUACCAAGGCCCUGGCGGCGGAUAUCAAGCAGGCCAUUCGGAAGGACCUCAGCCCCCGCCACGUUCCUGCAUACGUUUUUGAGACCCCUGAAAUCCCGACAACCGUAAACAUGAAAAAGGUCGAGCUGCCGGUCAAGCAGAUCCUCUCGGCCUUUGCUACCAUUGUAUUUGUAACGCGGGUCCGGGGUAACCUGCACAUGUGGUCUGCCGAACUAAGCCGCAUCAAGGUAACCAAGGCAAAUUUCCCAACACGGACUUGGAAGACGGAGAGCUCCUCUCUUGCCAACUCGCAGAUAACACUCGCGACAUAUAUCAAGCUCCCACGGAUGGCCGAUCCUAUAACGACAUCUCGCGAGACGAACAACGACGGCGGCGGCCACAUCAAGGAAAAGAUGCAGGCUGACAACUCGAGCAUCGAGGGCACCGUCCUGCACCAAGACCAAGAACAAGGAGCGGUCGACGGCUUCUCGCCCGAGGAAGAGAAGAAACUCCUCCGAAAGGUUGACUGGGCAUUGCUGCCGCUGCUAUCGUUCCUCUACCUCGUGUCUUUUAUCGACAGAUCCAACAUCGGAAACGCCAAGGUCGCGGGUCUCACGGAUGAUCUCGACAUGAAGGGAAUGCAGUACAACACCGCCGUCACGCUAUUCUUCGUCCCGUACACGCUGUUCGAGGUUCCCAGCAAUAUCCUUCUCAAGAUGAUGAGGCCCUCGCUUUGGAUUUCCAUCAUCCUACUGUGCUGGGGAACCGUCAUGACGCUCAUGGGUCUUGUAAACAGCUAUAGCGGAUUGCUAGCCGGUCGCUUCUUCCUCGGACUUGCAGAGGCCGGCUUUUUCCCCGCCGCGAGUUAUUUGUUGACUAUUUGGUACAAGCGCUACGAGUACCAGCGUCGUCUGGGUAUCUUUUACGCCGCGGCUUCCAUGUCCGGCGCCUUUUCCGGUCUGUUGGCCUUUGCUAUCGAGAAGAUGGCGGGUAUCGGUGGUCGCACCGCUUGGCAAUGGAUUUUCAUUCUCGAGGGCCUCGUCCCCGUGCUCUGCUCCGUCGUCGUCUACUUUUGCCUUGCCGAUAGCCCCGAGACGGCCGGGUUCCUGACCCCGCGCGAGCGCAAGUUCAUCGUCGACCGCGUGGCGGGCGAAACGGGAUCGGACCAGGGCCAGGUUACCAACAAUGACAAGAUUUCGUGGGCACAGAUCAAGGCGGGGUUGAGUGAGUGGAAGGCGUGGGUGAUGAUCCUCGUCUACUGGGGCAACAGCGUGGGCGUUUACGGUUUCACCGCCACCGCACCCACCGUCGUCAAGGAUCUCGGCUACAGUUCCGCCAACGCGCAGCUGAUGACGAUCCCCGUGUACGCCUUUGGCGUCGUCAUGGUGCUCGUGGUAGCGCUCGUACUCGAUCGCGGUAUGCGGCUUCAUCGCGCAGCUCGUCAUCCCCACCCCAAAUACCCCGGUGUGACGUACGCCUUCCUCUUCCCCGUCGCCGGCGGUCUCUACGGCGGUUUCCCGCCCAUGAUCAGCUGGCUGGCCAACAACCUGUCGCCCUCGUCCAAGCGCGCCGUCGGUCUCGCCCUGCUCAUCAGCGUCGGCAACAUGGGCGGCCUCAUGGGCUCCAACAUUUACCUGUCGCGCGAGGCGCCCGUCUACCAUACCGGGUACGGCGUUUCGCUCACCAUGUUGGGCGUGGGUAUCCUGGCGGCCAUUGCGCUGCGCAUCUCGUACGCGCGCGAGAACAAGCUCCGCGACGAGUUGUUGGCGGAGAUUGGUGAGGAGGGUGUGAGGGCGCGGUACACGGAGCAGGAGCUUCUGGACCUGGGUGAUAAGAGCCCCUUCUUCCGAUAUACCCUUUGA